GGCUCCUUGCCGGCACCUGCCUGGUCGCCCCGCCGCCUGCAGUGCCCAGCGUCUUCGCCGCGCACGUUGCGGGUCCUGCGGGGCCUGGGCUGCGGGCCCGCGAGCCCGGGGGAUGGCGUCGGAGCCACGCUGACUCCGUUUUUCCUUGGACCAAGAUGACUGAUGGAAACCUUUCCGCCUCUACAAAUGGCGUAGCCUUGAUGGGCAUUCUGGACAGUCGACCAGGAAACCACAUUCAGAACCUGCAACACUUGACUCUCAAGGCACCCAGGUCCCUCUCGUUGCCUGAGUAUGGGCCCAAGCUGAAACUCAGUGCUUUAGAAGAUCGGCACAGCCUUAAAUCGGUGGACUCGGGCAUUCCUACCCUCGAGAUCGGCAACCCGGAGCCUGUCCCCUGCAGCGUGGUCCACGUGAGGAGGAAGCCAUCUGAGCCGGAGAUCGUCCCUGAGCGAGCCUGCCAGAGUGCCUGCCCGCUGCCCUCCUGCGCGCCCCCGGCUCCCGCCGGCGCCGAGCGGGAGCAGAGCGUGCGCAAGUCCUCCACCUUUCCCAGGACAGGCUACGACUCGGUGAAGCUCUACAGCCCCACCUCCCAGAGCCUGCAGCGUAGCGACAAUGUCUCGGUGUGCAGCGUGUCUAGCCUCGGCACGGAGCUGUCCACCACGCUGUCUGUCAGCAACGAGGACAUCCUGGACCUCGUGGUCACAAGCAGCUCCAGCGCCAUCGUGGCCCUGGAGAAUGACGACGACCCGCCGUUCACCGAUGUCACCUUGAGCUCCACCAGGGAGCCCCGUGACCCCCAGCGGGACUGUGCCGGCGAAACGGAGGAGGGGGGGAAGCUGAGACUCCUGGCGCCGUUCAGUCACUUCUUUAGCAGGAAUUUGCUUGCUAGAAAACAGAAUGCAAGACUUGACAAACAAAAUGACUUGGGAUGGAAGUUAUUUGGAAAAGUACCGCUUCGAGAGAAUGCUCAGAGAGACUCAAAGAAGUUACAGCAGGAAUAUGAAGACAAGGCUGGACGACCUAGCAAGCCUCCCUCUCCGAAGCAGAAUGUGAGGAAGAAUCUUGAUUUUGAGCCUCUUUCCACCACCGCACUCAUCCUGGAAGACAGACCAGCAAAUCUCCCAGCAAAGCCAGCUGAAGAAGCUCAGAAACACAGGCAACAGUAUGAAGAGAUGGUGGUUCAGGCCAAAAAACGAGAGCUGAAAGAAGCCCAGAGGAGGAAAAAGCAGCUGGAAGAAAGAUGCAGACUAGAAGAAAGUAUUGGAAAUGCGGUCCUCACUUGGAACAACGAGAUUUUGCCCAACUGGGAAACAAUGUGGUGCUCUAGAAAAGUUCGAGAUUUGUGGUGGCAGGGAAUCCCUCCCAGCGUGAGAGGCAAGGUCUGGAGCUUAGCCAUUGGCAACGAGUUAAACAUCACCCACGAGCUCUUCGACAUCUGCCUCGCCCGAGCAAAGGAGCGGUGGCGGUCUUUGAGCACGGGAGGCUCCGAAGCAGAGACCGAAGAUGCUGGUUUUUCAGCAGCAGACAGAGAAGCCAGUCUGGAGCUGAUUAAACUGGACAUCUCCAGAACGUUCCCCAGUCUCUGCAUUUUCCAGCAAGGCGGCCCGUACCACGACACGCUGCACAGCGUCUUGGGCGCGUACACCUGUUACCGACCGGAUGUGGGUUAUGUUCAGGGCAUGUCCUUCAUAGCGGCCGUGUUGAUCUUGAACUUAGAUACUGCAGAUGCCUUCAUUGCUUUUUCUAAUCUUUUGAAUAAACCCUGUCAGAUGGCGUUUUUCCGAGUGGACCAUGGCCUUAUGUUGACGUACUUUGCUGCAUUUGAGGUAUUCUUUGAAGAAAACUUGCCGAAAUUAUUUGCUCAUUUCAAGAAAAACAAUUUAACUCCAGACAUCUACCUAAUUGAUUGGAUCUUUACUCUCUACAGCAAGUCCCUGCCCCUCGACCUGGCCUGCCGGGUCUGGGAUGUGUUCUGCCGCGACGGGGAGGAGUUCCUGUUCCGCACGGCCCUGGGCCUCCUCAGGCUAUUCCAGGAUGUCCUGACCAGGAUGGACUUCAUUCAUGUGGCACAAUUCCUCACGCGGCUGCCUGAGGACCUGCCCGCUGAGGAGUUCUUUGCUUCCAUCGCCAGCAUUCAGAUGCAGAGUCGAAACAAGAAGUGGGCUCAGGUGCUGACCGCCUUGCAGAAGGACAGCAGGGAGAUGGAGAAAGGAAGCCCGUCUCUGCGGCAUUGACAAGGCAGGUGGACUCGCACUCGGCUGGGAAGCAGGCUCCACGCGGCACCUGUGUGGCCUCAGGCGGAUGCCCUGGCAGCUCCGGAGGACGGGCUGUUUCCACGUUUGAUCCCUAAUGCUGGAGUUGGCCUUAAACACAACACAACAAACAAAAAACACUUUUAAAGAAUUAAACCAAGGCUAAGCCUUAAGAAGCUCAGUGGAAUGAUGACCAUGGCUAACCAGUGCGUAUUCUGCAUGGUUUAAAAACAGGCCAGUGGCGAAUUCCCUCCCCUCAUUUCAGCAAAAGUUAAUUAAAUUGUAAUGCUUUUAUGUCAACUACCAGAAAGUACAUUACAAUUUUUUGUUAGCCAAGGUGCAUGAGAAAUGUUAUUUGGGAGACCUCAGAGAUGUCAUUGGCUCAUAUCUACAUAUUUUAGUCGAAAAGGGACUGCUGAUUUUAGUUGCCGAGGUAAUCCUUCCAGAGCUGCAGGUCUUGUUUUUAAAGCCCGCCUACCAAAGACAGCAUGACAGGAAAACGGGCUCUCGGAGGACAGCCGCUGACUGGUGCGGUGGGCUCCCCGGAACACACACGAUCUGACCUUCAGGCUGACCUUUUACCACGUUGCCUUGACGAAAUUCCAGCACCGGGGCUGACAGCGCGUGCUCAGGUUCCGGGGGCCUCGCUGUCCCAGAGCCUGCACCCCCGUUUGUCCGGCAGUGGCGGCUCACACAGACCCUGCGACAGUAGCAAUGGGCUUUCACGCGCAGCCGGUCUCUUUGAGCCCGGCCCCUGCCUGCCCGCUGGUUUUGGAGGAGGCUGGGCCAGCACGCUUGGGGCGGGGCCGCGCUUGACCCUGCCUCACACAGUCGACUCACUGACAGGACGGCCCGGCCCCGUGAGGAGCGGGGCGCGAGCAGCACGCGUCCAGCGGCCCAAUUACCUUGGCAGGAAUUCUCAGCAUCCCUGCUGGCAGCCUCGGCCCGCCCCCCCCCCCCCCCCCCCGCCCCUUUCGCCACCUUUUUGUCCCAGCUUUUCCUUGACUCAUUUGGCGAACUUGGCUUAAAGAGCUUUGGUUAUCCGAAUUCAGAGACGUGAAGACCGUCGGCAUGGAGAAGUCCAAAGGACAGCCCCGUCCCCAUGGACACGGCUCCCACGUGCGUGCGCGCAGGUGCACCGGUCUCCAGAGUGCUCGGGAGGCCAGGCCCACGCCACUUGCCGCCCAGCCGCGCUUCUCAGCCAUACGUCCGCCCUCGGGGUGGAGCCUAACCACGGCGUUACUUUUAUAGGUUUUUCUCCACCUGCCGUGCCUGUCGAUGACUUCAGGUACAAAGCAAGUUGCCGAGCCGGUGGUCGGUCCUCAUGCCCUCCACCCUGGCUCUAUCCCACAUGUCCUUUCCCCCCUCGUGUUCCUGGCUGAACUCCCCGGGGAGCUUACAGAGCAUCCCCCACCACUUCCUGCCUCGGCCUUGAAUCGCCGACCUGCCUGACCCCUGGGAGGAGGCCUUCUGUCUCCACCGAGCUCCGGGGCAGCUGUUCCCGGACUCCGUGAGGGGCUGAGCGUAACCGGGCCGGGACGGGCCUGGAAACGGGCUGCCGGCCCCUUCACGCCCUUCCUCGCGGACAUACGUGGUCUCGUCCCAUGACGUGGGCUUUCUGUUCAUGAAAGAUGUAUAUAUUUUCUUACUGUACAUAAAGACGUUCCCGAAGUGGUGACAGAAAGCGAUGCAGCCGGGGCCACAGGCAGUUACUGCGAAUACGUUUGUGCGCCUCCACGUGCCAUCAGCCCCCCAGCCCUCAACGUGGCUGUCACACGGUUCGACGUAAAUCUCUUCGGAUAGCACCGUAUAUGCAUUGAGUUUUUAAGCAGGAUUUCAGGCCAUUCUGCAACACUUCCAGAUCUGUAGUUUAGAGGAAGUUUUCGUGACCUGUUCAGGGACCACGCAGGCUCUCUGCUGGCUGAUGUGUCCACCUCAGAGUCUGGGAAGUUCGAGGUCCCAGUCCAAGGUUGCUCAGCCACUGGCCACAGAGGGCAGAGGGCUGCCAGACAGCGCAGGGCUGCGCGUCUCUGCUUGCCAUUCUGGUUUCGGAAAACCGAAAGCAGAGUUGAAACGCAGCCCCCUCUUGGGAAGUUGGCCCUCUCCACUUCCAGUGCCACUGAUGUUCAGAAAGUGAGAUGUCAGGGUUGGGGCCUCUGCGGCUGGCACCUUAGAGUCGGUUGCCGUGUCCCCAUCAGUCACUGAAAUCCCAUCUACAACAACGUUCACUUUAAAGGGUACUUUUUAACUGCUCCGUUUUUGACUAUUUUAAAUAGUUUGCUGAUAGAAAACUCCUGAUAACACUUGCUACAUAUCAUGUUUUAAUUGCUUGUACAGUUAACCUUUAAUUUUAUUUAGGAAAGUGUAUCAAACUAGGGCUUUUUGAAUUGUAAAUACGUGGUUUUAUUAAAUAAAAGUCAUGUAAAAUUGUUGCUAAUGUUCACUGCCAUUUGGUUUCAAGUUUAGAGUUCUCACCCCAAAGUAUGGUAAAGUUUGACUUUGAGCAUCAUGCUAUUUGGAUAUUUUCAAAUGCAGUUACUUACUAGUCUCAGUUAAAUAAAAGAGGUGGUUCAGUUA